AUGAUUCUGCUACUAUAUUGCUACGCUGAGGUCAUUAGUGUUGCAGUUUUCCCUCCUCUUAUUAAGGAUUCUUGUGCUAUUCGGCCAUCAAAUUGUAAUUUAUUGUGUAUAAAUGGAUAUCGACGUCAAAAUAACGAGGAAUGCGCAUGCGAAUGUGCCGCGGAUCCUUGCCAGUUCAAACUCUGUGCUAUUGGCGAACAUUGCACUGUUAUCGGAGGUGUUGCUGGAUGUAUUUCUAAUACAGGUGCACCGCGACACGAGUGCCCUCGAAUCAUUGGUGGAUUAUGUAACGUGCAAUGUAAGACGGAUAGCGAUUGUCCAGGGCAUCAAAUAUGCUGUUCAAAUGGUUGUGGCCGUAAAUGUAUGUUUCCGCUGGCAGGCUUCCCCAUAGAAACUCAAUUACCUGGACAGCCUAUACAAGCGAGGUCCUUUCAUCGCCUAGUUACUGAUACAGCAAAUGUUCUCCCUGCAUUGAGUAAACCAAUACGUCCUGUUAAUGCUACCAUAGCGCCAGUAUCAUUAAUGAUAGAUCGAUCUUUCGCGGUCAAAACACCUAUUCCACAACAGAAAGCUGGAAUGUGUCCUCCUGCCGGUGACGAGAAGGCGUGCACAACCUAUACAAAAUGCUCGGAUGACACAGACUGUAAGGAUGUGGAGAAAUGCUGUAAGAAUGCCUGCGGUUCUGUAUGUGUUGAUCCAACGAAAGCUACGAAUUGCAUACACUUCGCAAUAACCGUCAAGAAACUUCCCGAACAAAAGCUGAAGUAUGGCUAUGUGCCAAAAUGCGACAGUAGUGGAAAAUUUUCUCCGAUCCAAUGCGAUGAGCGAAUUUGUUGGUGCGUAGACGUAAACUACGGAAUGGAAAUUGCUGGAUCAUCUGUACCUGUUGGUAUGAAAAGAGCCGGCAUGUGUAGAGGCCUGAUCAAUCCAUGUCCUAUUGGCCCACCGAUGACCCUUCAUCGGUGGUGUGACGGCUCUAUGUACCAUAUCUGA